AUGUUCGGAGUCGACCUCAAGAAUCGCAAGGUCACCAUGUUUGAUGAUGGUAAAAAGGCUAUUCCCACAUCAACAUGGGCUCAAUGUGGCCGCGCUGUGGCUGCCUUACUGAGCAUGAAAUUCCCAGACGAUGAGAGCGACAAGUCUGUGGCUCUUUCUCGCUUCCACGACCGACCUGCCUUCGUCUCCAGCUUCAAUGUCAGCCAACGGGACAUACUAAACAGCGUGGAGAGAGUAACUGGGACUGAUGACGUUGACUGGGACAUCAAGUACCAACCAGCCAAGGUUCGGUAUGAGGAGGGUGGGAAGGAACUGGCUGAAAGCAAUGGGAUGGGCUUUUAUAAAAUAAUGUUCUCCAGAGUGUUCUAUGCCACUGGCGACGCUGACUUUGAGUCAGACAACCAGUUGCUGGGCCUGCCGGAGGAUGACUUGGAUGAGGCUACUGCUAAUGCUAUGGGUAUUAUGAACGAGACGUAG